CGAGCGGUCGUACCUUUCGCUGUUGACCCCUUUUAGCUCGUUCGCCCAGCGCUGUGUCCACGCACUCGCGUCCCAACAAUCGUCCAGCCCGCACGUGCGGCCAGUGGCUGCUGCUCAAAUUGGCCUCGCUUGAUUAUUAGCUGGCAGCAAAAGUUGUUAAACAAAAAAGCAAGCAAAAAGGAAUACAUAUAUAUUUAGACGUUGAUAAUUGGCAGAGUUGAGCGAAUUAUUUAUUAAUUGGCUGGCAACUAGGGCCUGGGCCAUUGCAACAAGUUGUGCGAGGUUGAGUUUAACCUUGGCCUAGUUGUCCGGCUGUGUGUGCGUGUGUGUGGGCGGGCGCACAGCAACAGCCAAGGCAAAUGAUUGGGGAGCUCGGCGGCCCCAUUGGCAUGCCCACAGCAAGUGCGUUAAAUGCAGCUGCCAGCGCAACGCCAGCAACAGCACCAGCAGCAGGCGUCAUCAUUGUCAGCAGCAGCAGCGGCGGCGCCGGAAGCAGCAGCACUGGCCCAAACACAGCCACUGCCAAUACCCAUCACUAUCAGCAGCAACAGCAACAGCAACAGCAGCAGCAGCACCAACAGCAGCACCAACAUCAGCAGCAACAGCAGCAGCAACAUAAGCAUCUUCAGCAGCAGCAGCAGCAGCAAUAUCAUCAACUGACCAACAACAUGAGCAUGCUGAAUGUGAAGGGUGGCGGACGCUAUCUCUGGACGGAUCGUGAGUUACUGAUGCAUCUGCAGAACUAUACGCCGCUCAUCUUGCUAAUCGAUUUUGUGGAGAAGACACGCACCAAGCGCUUCUACGAGAGCUCCGAGCGCUACGAGAUCCUGAUGCUGGUCUUCAUCAUGCGCAAGGGCGCGCCAUUCUGUGAGAACAAACGCUUUCCGGCGGAGUAUUGGGUAAACUUGUCGGUCGGCCCGGUGGCCGAAGCGUUUGAUCGACUGCAGGCGGCCAUCGAUAUACCGGACCCACAGCUGCCCAUCCACAUGAGCGUCACGGACCUGACCACCUGGAAGGAGAUGUUCGAUGGGGCGAUGAUUGACAUACGACGUUUCGCCUAUUAUACGGAUCCCAUGCAGCUGGCCGAUGUGGGCGUCUAUAAUCGCAUUACGUUCGAGCAGCGUUUCGCCAUGCAGUGGCAGGAAUAGAUGACCUUGACCCACGACACACAAACAACCCCCCAGCCGCCCCUCCCUCUACCCCACACUUCUCUGCUCGUGUAGUUGAGCUAGAAAGACGUUUGCCAAAGUGAAAUGAAUCAACAAAUAAGUAAUUGAUUUACUACAGUAUAUUAGAGUCGUACAAAGCAACCAUAUACCGUUAGAGUUGCUUUGCUGUUAAGGUUAGGUUUUCAUUUUCAUUUAUCUAAUAACGAUAAUUAGAAAAGUUAGCUAUUUUUAGCAAGCCUUUAAAGUUAUUUGACUCGUUUGUGUUUUUCUCUCAGCGCAAAAUUUGCAUUAAGGCUAGGUUUUAUUUUAGUUGAGGUUAGGUUUACAAAAAGGCUUAUUUAAGGGAAUAUAUUAUUAUAUAUAUUGACGAGAUCUAUAUCUUUUGCACUUUUAUGCAUAUCAAUUGUAAAUGGCAAUGCGGCUAUUCGUUUAGCAAUCAAUAUAUCAUAAAUAUGAAAAUAUUAUACAUAUACGUAUAUACAAUAUAUAUCUAUAUAUAUGUAGAAACAUUACAGUACCUGCACACACAUACACACCUAUAUAUAAAUAUAGAUAUAGAACCUGGUUAGUUAUUGGUUUACGGCUAGCGGAAUUUAUAUACUGUGCCUUCUCCUCCAGCCGCAUCACACAGAACUCUCUCCCUCUCACUGUCUCACUCGAACUCUAUCUGUCUCUGUUUCUGCCUCACACGGAAAUCUAAAUUCUAUUCCUUAAUUUAGUUGCCUAUAAAUUUAUAUAUAUGGUAGAUAAAUUACUACGCUGCUUUAAUGGAAAUAAAUGUUAUUUAUUGUUGACUAGCAUAAA